AUGUCAGACUCCAAAAAGGGCGGCGCCUACGGCACGCCCGCGGGCGAUACCGACUUCCGCAAGAGCUAUAACCUCGACGAAUACGCCGCCAAGGCUCGGGAGCGCGAGGCGAUGGAGAAGGAGGAGCGCAAGGCUCGGUACGAGGCGAAGCUCGCGGGCAAGAAGUACUACAAGCCCUUGACGGGCGACGAAACGUACACGUCGGCGCGGAGAAACGUCAUGGACCUCAGCGCGCAGAUUGGAAAGACACAACUCGUGCCCGCCGGCGCCGGCGUCGGAAAGCGUGGCCGCAGCGCCGGUUUCUACUGCGACGCCUGCGACCUCACCUUCAAGGACAAUCUCCAGUUCGUCGAGCACAUCAACACGCCGCAACACCUGGCCAACACGGGCCAGACGACCGAGGUCAGGCGGGCGACGGCCGAAGAGGUCCACGAACGAAUCGCCUUUUACAUCCGUCGAAAGGAGGACCUCGACCGCGAGAGGGCGACGGACCUGCAGGAGAGGCUGAAGAUACGGGAGGAGGAGCAGAAGGAGGAGACGGAGGAGAAGCGGCGGAAGAGGAGGGCCGAGGCCGAGAAGAGGCGUCUGCAGAGGGAAGAGGAAGCCAAGGUGAAGACCGAGUACGGCGAGGACGUGCGGAUCGAAGGGGAGCACGACGAUGACGAUAUGAUGGCCCAGAUGGGCUUUGCGGGCUUUGGCUCUUCCAAGAAAGGGACGUGA